AUGGGUAGGGUGACAGCCACCUCUGGCAAGGCUACACUGGGCGAGAGAAUCAGCGACUGGGCGUUUGUGGAGAUGAACGAUGUUGCCAUAGAGAAAUCCUUCCGACCCAACCACAUGUUCCCUGUCCGAGGCUACCAGCAACCAAGCCGAUGCAAAGCUGGGGGCGAGCCUCUAACAAACUUUGACCCGCUCAUAGAAGAUGGCGCGCACGACGGGAAUUACUACAGGCCUUCGCCAUGGGACGCUGGUGAUGCAUUGCUGCAAGACUGCACUAGCUACGGCCAUGUUGGCAACAAGAAUGACCUGUCAGCAGCUACGAUUGAGGAAUACAUCAUUGUGAGUCGUGGACUGAACACGACUGAACACACGCAAGCCUCAUUUGUUGUGGUUGGUGACUCUAGAUCACAUGUUAUUGAUAAAGACCAGCGCACCAGCCAAGCUCGGGCUCCCUCAACCCGCUGA